CGCCAGCCAAGUCGUGGCGAUUAGUGGAUAUCUUUCAGCGAUUUUCGAGUGACUCACGACCAUGAGGACUCAGGCAACAACGACACAGGCGGCGGCAGCGGCCGUGCUGCUGCUGCUGUUGGCUGUGCUGCACGGCACCAGUGCUCAGAUGUUCAUCUACUGCGGCGAUGACAACUGCUAUGACAUCCUUGGUGUUGACCGCACAGCAUCCCAGUCGGAAAUUAGCAAAGCGUAUCGGCGACAAGCCCGCGUGCUUCAUCCGGACCGAAACAAGGCUGAGGAUGCCGCCGAGCAGUUCCACAAAGUUGCCAACGCAUACGAGGUCCUGAAGGAUGCCGACAUGCGCAAGGAGUACGACUACUUCCUCGAACACCCAGACGAGUACUAUGCGAAUAUCUACCGCUACUACAAGCGUCGUGCUGCCCCCAAAGUGGAUGUGAUGCCGGUCAUCAUCACAUUUAUCAGCGUCAUUUCCGCUUUUCAGUAUUUUAACCAGUGGCGAUACCAUGCGACGAUGAAGGAUCUGGCGACACAGAACGAGCACUUGCGUCGAAAAGCAAAGCGGGUUGUCUUGGAUGAUGGCCGGUGGAAGCAGGCAAAGUCAAAGGCGGAUAAGGAGGCGCUUGUGAGUGCUGCGGUACUAGAGAUGGUUGAUCUGCGCGGCGACUACGGCCCACCCUCGAUACAGAGCUUGCUCGCCUGCCGCAUCGUCAUGCUGCCAUACACGAUUGCGCAGUAUGUUGCGUGGGUAGUGAGCUGGCAUUACCGCCUGACGUUCAAGCGAGAAGAGCCGACGGAGGAAGACAAGGAAUACCUCAUCCGACGCAACCUGGGGCUCUCUCAGGGGAAGUAUGAGUACCUGUGCGAGUCCAACCCCGGGUUUCGGGCGGAGGUGUGGGCGCAGCAUUGCUGGGAUGCGGCCAAGGCAAAAAAAUACCAGCAGAACCAGGAGAUGGAGGAGCGACGGCGCCUUCUGAAGAGCACCAAGUACAAGCAGUACAAGAGGUGGCUCAAGGCAAACCCAGAGUUUGAGUGACACAUGUUGACGUGAAGGCAAGCAGGCAAGCAAGCAAGAAGCAAGCAGGAAGGAACCCCCAACAUACAUGCAUUGCAUCCAUCCAUCCAUCAUCAAACAUGAUGACUGUCAAUUAAAGAAGAAGUCUGAACAGCACA